GUAAUCAUUCGAAUUCCAGUUAGUAAUGCCAGAGAGCCCUUACUUAAUCCAUCAAGUUGGAUUGUCAAGGCACCGUUCGUACUCCACCGAGCCGUCGACACGAAGCCGUAGAGUGUAGAGUCGGUCUCCACCAUGAGGAUUCAAAGGAUUACCUCAAAGGCCCCGACGGAGUUAGCUAGGGUAACAUCCGCAGGUCCAGCGGUGCCCCUCGCACCGGUCGUCUCGACGCGAAAGGCCGAGCAGGCCGCAGGUCUGAUGCACCCCUCGAGGAAGUCACUGGCGCGGCGUCGAGUCGCAAGCGGGGUGCCCCUCGCGACACAUAAGAAGUAUUCGCAUUCCUCGAUUCUCGGUUGUCUACCAUCUUCCCAAGCAAUAUCCGUAUCCGCCGUGACGAGAUAGAAAACGCCCAGAUCAGAUCGCAUAUCCUCGCCGUGCUACCCACCACCUGUCACCUUAUACCAUGGCUUUAGCGAGUCCGACUUCCAUUCUCUUCUCGGGGGGAACCAUUAUCGCAUUCGACGAACAAGCCGAAUCGCUAAGGGUUAUUCGCAAUGGCUCGCUACUAGUUACCGGGGACCGCAUCGCGGAGGUCUAUGAUACAGCACACCCGGCCGAGCUUCCUGAGGGCACGGAGGUUAUUGACUGUAUACACAAGAUCAUCUCUCCCGGCUUCGUAGACACGCAUCGCCAUGGCUGGCAGACGGCUCAGAAGACGCUCGCCUCCACCAGUAGCAUGCCUGAAUAUGUGUCUGCAUUCGCCGGCAGCACCCCCUCCGAAAUCUACACAGCCGAAGACGUGUACAUCGGGCAACUUGCGGGCCUGCUCGAGGCCCUCAACGCCGGCGUAACCACGUCGCUCGAUCACGCGCACCACACAUGGUCGAGCGAGACCGCGGAAGCCGGUCUUCGGGCCUCGGUCGACAGCGGCGCCAGGGUCUACUGGAGCCCUGCCUUCUCCGCCGCGCCAGGCUACCCCCUCUCGGAACAGAUCGACAAUUUCAAGAAGUGGGCAAAGGAAAAUUCGACGUCCGACAACCGGGUUACGCUCGGUGUCGCGUAUGAUGGCUGGUACCUCUCGCCGCCCGAAGACACUGAGGCAGUGAUUGCCCUGACCAAGGAACUUAAAGUCCCGGUACUUACGACGCAUUUUUUGGGAGGUCCCUGGACGGGUGAUCAUUCACCGGAGCUUCUUCAUCCUUUGGGUGUUCUCGACACGGACAUGGCCGUCGUCUUUUCACACGCGAUGGGCAUCACGCCGGCGGGAGCGAGGCUGCUCCAAUCGACGAAUCAGUAUAUCUCUGUCACACCCGAGUCAGAGAUGCAUUACGGGUUGUCACACCCGAAUUCUCACCAGAUCCUGGAUCAGGCCUCUCUCGGCGUCGACACGUUCCAGGCCUUCUCGACGGACCUGCUGACGCAGGCACGGAUUUGGCUCCAGCGCACCCGCUCCCGGCUCUACGACAAAGUCCUCGAGCAGUGGCGGAUCCCGACUAACAGCCCCAUGUCCGUGAACCAGGCCUUCCUCCUAGCCACGCGGCAGGGUGGCCUCGCGCUCCGGCGUCCCGACCUAGGCGUGAUCCGCGUCGGCGCGAAGGCGGACCUCGUCGUGUUCGACGGGCGCUCGCCGGGGAUGCUCGGGUGGCGCGACCCAGUCGCGGCAGUGAUCCUGCACGCGAACGUCGGCGACAUCACGCACGUCGUCGUGGACGGCCGGUUCCAGAAGCGCGACGGCAAGCUGACCUUCGCGGACUACGACGCGGUCGCCGAGCGCCUCCUCGCCAGCGCUGCGAGGAUCCAGCGCGCGCUCAUCGAACGGCCCGAGCCUAUAUUCGAGGGCCGCUUCUGGGGCGGCUGCGAGUACGGCCGUGCCCUCGAGGUUGAUGCUUCGCGGGGGACGGGAACAGGGUACGGCGAGAAGUUCCUCAAGUAGAAGCGGAAAAGAAGGAAGCCAGGGAGAGAGGGGGAAAAAAAAAAGUCGACAAGGUGACAGACACGGUGGAGAGAGAGAGUGCGUGCGGUAAUAUCUCGUACAUACAUACGGCUAGGAUGGUCGAUCGAUCAUGAACCCCCCUAGAAACACGUGGUGGACCCGCCGAAGAAAAACAAGAGAAGAUUGGGAUCUAAAUUACCCAUCACGUUGGGCUCGUGUCACUACGUGGUGGUCUCCGCUGGGUAAUCUCGUUGCCUGCCUCUGAAACACGCGGCAUAUACAACUUCGCCCAGGUUACGACUAGGUAUACGCGUUGUAUUCCCAUCUCAUCUGCAAGCAGUUUGCCGCAUCGGGAAUUCCAACGUCGUAUAUGUGAUGGCAGCCAAGUAGGGAGCGCGGGAAGGUAAGCUGCGGAGAGACAGUGAGAAAACGGAGAGGUCAGAAAGAAAGGGGUAAUUUAUUCUCGCUUGUUAGCUCGUAAGCAUUCGCUUGGGUAUUAGUAAAUUUAGUCAGCUAUCCAUCUCUCUCCUCUCUCUCUCUCUCUCUCUCUCUCCCUUUUCACGUGUAAAUAUGUCGUAGGUAUGCACGUAGCGUAUGUAUGCAUGCCCGCGUU